CAAUUACAUAUCCCUACUUAGAAAUCGCAAAACCAUCUUUUUGUCGUAUGAGAUACACCUAAUGGCCAGGCUCUCUCUAAAUUCAAAUACAAUUCUCCGAUAUUCACUAGUAUCUACAGCGCAAUUUGGGCUAUUCUCCGGUAGAGGCGAUACCGGUACUACCAAGUAUUUAUAUCUUUGUAGCAGGUUUUCCUGAAGGGCAAGAGGGCCAUGGCCUUAAGAUGCAUUCCGUAGCUUCGUUAAUUAUGCAAUUAAGGGAAAUUCGAGAUCGGUACCUGAGAUGACGAGUAUGCCAUUGCGCAAUCGCGAUGGAUUACUAUAGCGCGGUUGGAACAUAAUCGGAGACAUUGCGACGAUCCGCCAACUGCGCCCAGGGGGUUGAGGAGGGGUAUAAGUACCCCUCCCCUUGGGUUUCAUCUCGCAGACCAUGCGUCUUCGUUUCCUCACGUUCGACAAUCUCAGCAUACAUUCCAGACUCCAACUACGCAACAUGUCUCUUGGACGCUCUUUCAAGCUCAACUCGGGGCACAGCAUUCCCGCAGUCGGUCUGGGUACUUGGCUAUCCAAACCUCACGAAGUUGAGAAUGCCGUCGAUGCGGCGCUGCGCGCAGGGUACCGCCAUAUUGAUGCCGCUGCAUGCUACCUAAACGAGAACGAAGUGGGAAAUGGAUGGAAGAAAUCUGGAGUGCCGCGAGACCAGAUAUUCAUCACGAGUAAACUGUGGAAUACGCAUCACCACCCCAAAAAUGUGGAGGAGGCACUCAACAAGACGUUGAAGGAUCUUCAGACGGACUAUCUUGAUCUCUAUCUAAUUCACUGGCCCGUCGCAUUCGAGCACACAAAUGAAACACUCACUCCAAUUGACCCUACAACGAAACGCUUCCGUCUCGCAGAUGUGCCUACAGCUGACACUUGGAAGGUGCUGGAAGGGUUCGUCAAAGCGGGCAAGAUCAGGAGUAUCGGUGUCAGCAAUUUCACCGUCGAAAAGCUCGAGGAACUGCUCAAAACAGCAGAGAUCCCUCCUGCUGUCAACCAGAUUGAGGCUCACCCAUACCUCCAGCAGCCGAAGCUUACUCAGUACUCCAAAGACAAGGAUAUCCUCACAGUCGCCUAUAGUCCUCUCGGAAACAACAUUUAUAAUGCACCCAGAGUGGUUGAUGACCCCACCGUUAAAGAAAUUGCAAAUCGUCUAGGCAAAGACCCGGCAGCCGUCCUGAUCUCCUGGGCAGUGCAGCGUGGUACAUCUGUGCUACCAAAGAGUGUCACCCCGUCCCGCAUUGAAAGCAACUUCCAAGACUUUGUCAUUCCGGACGCCGAAUUCGAAACCCUCAACAAGCUUGACAGGAGCCAGCGCUACAACUAUCCCUUCCGAUGGGGAAUUGAUAUUUUUGGGGAGCUGGGAGCCGAGGAGGCUGAACGUCGAGCAGAACAAUAUGCCGCAGAGCAAAGAGCGGCUGCAUGAUGGGCUUGUAUAUAUAACAAUUGUCUCAGCGUCGUAUUCUACACAUCAAGCCAAUGAAGAUAUAGUACAUGCCCA